AUGCUGUGUGUGUGCCCGUUAUCUCCACCCAUUUCCUGAGGUGUGAAGGAUGUCGGUGAAACGUACAGAGAGCAUAGCUACUGUAGCCCACCGCACCCACCACAGACAGCAGCGUUACUGACUGAUUUCUGCUUACAUCGACUACUGCUUUAUCUACACAGUCAUUCGGCACGGACCGGUUGAUGGAAAAGGCGAGAAGAUGAUACUUUGAAGAGGGUGGACAUGGAAACCCGACGCUGAGUUCCUUUAAUUGUGACCAUAAGACACCAUGGCCAAACAGUAUGAUGUGCUGUUUAGACUCCUGCUUCUCGGAGACUCCGGUGUCGGCAAAACCUGUUUAUUAUGCAGAUUCACGGACAAUGAAUUUCAUCCCUCUCACAUUUCCACCAUCGGUGUUGAUUUCAAAAUGAAGACCUUAGAAAUAGAUGGCAUUAAAGUACGAAUACAAAUAUGGGACACAGCAGGUCAGGAGAGAUAUCAGACCAUCACUAAGCAGUACUACAGAAGAGCACAGGGCAUUUUUCUGGUGUAUGACAUCACAAGCGAGCGCUCGUUCCAGCACAUCAUGAAGUGGGCCAGUGAUGUAGAUGAGUACGCCCCUGAGAAGGUGCAGAAGAUACUUGUUGGGAACAAGUCUGAUGAAGAACAGAAGAGACAAGUAGCUACAGAACAGGGAGAUAAGCUUGCCAAGGCUUAUGGAAUGGACUUUUUUGAGACAAGUGCCUUUACCAACCACAACAUUACAGAGUCUUUCACCCGAUUGGCUGAAUUAGUCUUACAAGCCAAUAAGAAGGAUCUUGAUUUAUUGGGAGGAUCCAUGAAUGAGGAGUUCAAUCUGGCUGUUUUGGAGGAGCAGGAAGGAUUGUGUAAUGGUAGCGACAACACCAGUAAGCCCUGCUGGUGCUGAGGACAGGAAGUGACAUUUUUCAGUUGAUUUCCAUAUUUAUGUUGCAUUUACAUUUUGAAUAUUUUUUCAGUUUAAGAAAAGACGAUCAAAAGGGCACUUUAGUGCAACUGUACAUUAUUUAAUUAGGCUCAUUCAAACACAUUUAGAGACACUCUUAAGUUAUCUUAUAUAUAAAGAACAGGUUGAUUUAAGUGUGAGGAAGCAUUGACAGGAUGCUUUAUUUAACAUGGUUUUGUGGCUGGAACGUCCAUGUUAACAUGUAAUAUUCAUUCUUUUGUUAUGCUAUGGGAUUCAUGUGAAUAUUUCGAGAAUUGAUUUGGCUUUCUAUAAAAUUCUCUAAAGCCUUGAAUGCACCUACUUGACCUUCAUUGAAUGCUCUUUCAAGGUAAUAAAUUUAUUCUUGAGUGAUGAAUUGAUGAAGCUAGAGUUUCUCAUGUCAGUGUAACAAUAUAAGCUUCUUUUCUGUAAAAACAUUGUCACUAAACUUGCUGCUUACAGUUCUGGUCCACUGUGAUUGCAAAUGAAUGCAAGGGUUUUUAUCUCAUUUAUCUGAGGUUAUUGUACUAAAAUAUUAUCAUUUAAUGUGGUAUUUAUACCGAUAUUGCAUCAAGCUCUUUUUUGUUAUUAAUAAUCACUAUUUAGCUGAUUAGAAUAGUUGGAAUGUUUCAACUUUUACUCUAUAAAUGAUUCUUGAAAUGCUAAAGUUGAACUGAUCUCAGCACACCGAACAAUAUUUUUUAUCCUACUUUAAUUAACGUCUCACCCAUCCCAACUUGUAUGAAAUGUAUCCAGAAUGAACCGUUGGGAUUCCCAGCAUUAAUGCUGGGGUGAGUCGCUGCAAUGACAUGGGUUGUAUUGCUAAUGAUUCAAUGUAUAUAUUACACUAUUGAAGCAUUUAUAUGUGCAAGUGGUAUUGUACUAAUGUUGAUUUAAACGAACUCUUGAAUAAUGCUGAUAUGUUUACCUGUGCUAUCUGAGAACUUGUUUCAUGAAAUAUGUCAACAAAACAAUUAGAGAAAUUUAAAUACGUAUGUGGUUAUUUAUUACACUGUAAUGUUGUGAUUCUGUUUUGGGGGGGUCAAAUAUUUACGAAUAAACAUUUAAUUAUGAAAA